AGUUUAUUCGGGAAAUAAGACAAAGUAAGGAAAGGAUUAGGGUUUUCACGCCCCUAUAUAAUAGAGACAUAUACCCAGCCUCGUACACUCCUCUUUGCUUCCCACAGUAUUCUUCAGUAAACCCUAGGCCUCCCAUUCUCUCUCUCUCUAUUCCAAGUGUGAUAGCAAUGGCAGUUACUUUCUAUAAUUUGAGCUCCAAGGCUGGUCUUGAGAAGCUUGAUAACCAUCUAAAGAGUAGAAGUUACAUCACUGGAUACCAGGCAUCCAAGGAUGAUAUCACUGUCCAUGCAGCUCUUAAGGGAGCUCCAUCAUCAGAGUUCAUUAAUGUGUCUAGGUGGUUCAACCACAUUGAAGCUCUUUUAAGGAUCAGUGGAGUUUCUGCUGAAGGCAGUGGCGUCUCAGUUGAAGGAUUUGCACCUGUCGCUGAAGAGUCUGUUGCUACUCCCUCUGUGACCGAUGCAAAGCCAGCUGAAGAUGAUGACGAUGAUUCUGAUGUUGACCUUUUUGGAGAGGAGACAGAGGAGGAAAAGAAGGCUGCUGAAGAACGUGCAGCAGCAGUCAAAGCCUCUGGCAAAAAGAAAGAAUCCGGAAAGUCUUCAAUUUUGUUGGAUGUGAAGCCAUGGGAUGAUGAGACAGAUAUGGCAAAGCUUGAGGAAACCGUGAGGAGUGUCCAGAUGGAAGGCCUCACAUGGGGAAUGUCCAAACUUGUCGCAGUUGGAUAUGGUAUCAAGAAGUUGCAAAUUAUGAUGACAAUUGUGGAUGACUUGGUAUCCAUCGAUUCCCUUAUUGAGGAUCAUCUCACCAGUGAGCCUGCCAACGAGUACAUUCAGAGUUGUGAUAUCGUUGCAUUCAACAAAAUCUGAGUGCAUUCAACAAAAUCUGAAGAAACGGUCUAGUAUCGCCAGAGAAGUUUGAGUUAUAGGUUGAUGUGAGAAAAAUAUUAUCAUGUUUCAGUAUCGAGAAGUUUCAGUAUCAACUUUAAUUAUUGAGGUUUCUUCCUUUGUUUUUGGUUGUCCUCUAUAAAUGUUUGUGUUAGAAUAUUAAGAUUGGUUAUCUAUGCAAACCCUUUUUUAAGAGCA